AUGACGAGGCGGGCCAAAGUGCCCGGCAAUGCCCAGGAGGCCGAAACUACUGUCGAGAUGAAGGCUGACACGAUUUUGCGUCGAAUACGAGACUCCAUGAAAAGCAUUGGGCUGACAUCGGCCGAGCUGUUCUCUUAUCUGGACUUCGACCGCGACGGAGUGAUAACUUUGACAGACUUCGCCGGCUUGCUUAUGUCCUUCGAGCCCGAGUGCAGUGCUUCGGUCCUCAGCCAUACGUUCCAGCUCUUCGAGCUCCAUCGUGGAGGACUGAGCCAGGCAAGCUUCUGCAGAAUUUGGGAGCGUCAGCAUGGAGAGGUGAGCCCCCAGCUGCUCCGUUGGCUUCCAGGCAAAGCCCAUGGCAGAGUUCUCGGCGCCGAAGCGCAAGCGCUCUUGAAUCUUGUUCAGUCCAACCUCAUCGGCCUGGCUCCAGAGACCAAUGACCUGGAACUGUUGGUCCCGCGGCAUCAGGAAGCUCUUUGGUUGCGGCAGCUCUAUGCAACCUACUACGAAAGACACAACGCAGAGAUUGAAGCUUUGAUGCACGAGUCGCAGGCGGCAUUCACAUCAGAGGCGCACUAUUGCAGUAUUGCUACGGAGCAGUCUGAGAUGUUGGAGUCUGAGUUCUACGUCUGGCGUGUUCGCAGUCCAGGUCUCCUCCAGCACUACACCGGCCAGAGCUCCAUGGAGGGUCGCCACGAAGUGCUGGCCUGGCAUGGGGAUCCGUCGGAUUUGGAUCAGGCCAGCUUGCUGGAAGGCGACUUGAGACCCACUGGGAGGAUGCUGGCGGGCGAGUUGCCGUGGCGCCUGGCAGCGCAACCGCUGCAAACCUUCGGCAAGGGGGCUGAAUGGCACCUGGCCUGGGUUAGGGUUAGUACAUGGGGAAGUGCGAAUUUCCCGUGCUACUUGAUGGCCAAGAUGCCAAGCACUUGGAGCUACAUUUCAGAGAGAGGCCGCCGGCAGCUGCCCAAAUUCUGCUAUUCGGGAAGCGACAACUCGUACUUGUACGUCUAUUUCUGCUCUCCAUUGGCCCAGCUACUGGUUGAUCGAUGCGUUCCAUUAUGGUUAGCACCCAACCUGAUCACCCUAGCCGGACUUUCGAUUUCAUGCUUGGGGCACGCGCUGGUGCAUCUGUACUCACCCGGCUUCGGCAACUCCUGCCCCAGCUGGGUUUGGCUGGUUUUAGCGAUCUGCACCUUUGUUUACCAAACCUUGGACAACAUGGACGGGAAGCAGGCAAGGAGGACAGGCAGCUCAUCGCCCUUGGGUCUUUUCCUGGACCAUGGUGCAGAUGCUCUCAACAUCGUGCUGUCGUCUUUGAACAUCAUGGCACUUCUGCAGUUGGGCGACGGCAAAAACUGGGAGUGCUUUGGGGUUUGGGCGGCGAGCACAACUCCGUUCUUCUUUGCUACCUGGGAGGAAUACUUUACUGGAAGUCUGUAUCUGGGAGUGUUCAACGGUCCCACGGAUGGCGUCCUUAUCGUGUGCGCAUCCUACCUGGCCACCUACAUCCACGGGAGCCAAGAGGAGCUAUGGGGCUCCCACUUUGCCUUCGGCCUCUCGCGGGCACAGGCCAUGAUCUGCUUCUAUGCGGUCUGCGUACUUGGUACCGUCUUGGGCAAUAUAAAGGCGAUCGUAACUGGUCCACAGAGGCUGCUUCCAAGCCUUGCCCUCACUGGACCCUUCUGUGCCCAUGUUGCAGGCGUUGCGUUCUGCUUGCUCUCACCCAGCCUUCUGGAAGCACGAGGAGGUCUUAGAAGCAUAUUCUGGUUCUUUGGGUUGGCUUUUUUGAUGUUAGUGUCACACCUUCAGCUCGCGCAUGUUUGUGGAGAGGCUUACAGGCCUUGGCUACUGAGCCCGCUCAUUCUCGGGUCCUUGAUCGCCGGCUGGCUAGCGAGCGGCAUAGGCUCCAUGUUCCAGAUUGCGGUUGCAGUGCUGGCCAUUGCAUGGUUGCACCUCCAAGUCUGUGUCGUCAAAGAAAUGUCAGACGUUCUCCAGAUUCCGAUUUUCACCCUCGACGACCCUAAGAAGACACUUUUCUAUCUGUGCCUCGUCCGCAUUGCGCCCUCGGAGAUGAGCCGACUGGCAACGAUUGAGGAAUCCGGCCGCGUGCUUCCGUUGUAUUGCCUAGCUCAUCCAUCGCUGUGGCUCAGUGGUGCUGGUGGCGAGUGGCCCUACUCAUGUGGUCCAGGUAGGUACCGAAAGCCCGCCAAGGUGCGCGUCCCUCGAGGCGCCACCCACCUGCUGGUGUAUGCGCUCGGUGCAGGUGGCAUUCGCACAAUUGAUCCUGUGGCGACGGUCCAGUUUCACGAUGCCCGCCCGCCAACCGAGCUGCCGACGGACUUUAAGGUGGUGUCCUUCGUGCGAGCGCCUGAUGGUUCCGCAUCUUUCACUGCCCAUUUCGAGCCCGGCCAGUGUGCUACCCUGGAUAGAGGCGCACGAGGAUCUGAUGCUUCAGGUUGUGAACCUGCAAGCAGUCAUGUCGUAUAUUGGGUGGACCAGCGCGGCCAAAAACUGGGCGCAGCGCUGUGGGCUUCAGACAGCCUUCAGGAAAAGGAGCUCUCUAUCUCCGAUGCAUUGGUGCCACCGGACGCUCGAGGUCUCAGGGUCCUUGCGAGGAACGUGCAUGGCGAGAUGGCCUCCGGGCCAGCUACAUGGUGCCCCCGGCGAGUUCUGACAACUCUGCAAAUAUCAACAGUUUAA